GGUUUUGAGGGCGUGUCCUUCAUCCAGCUACAACAACUUCGCUGACUGUUGACACGCGCCAGAAGUCUGACCUCUCGUGCACAGGUGACUGAAUACAGCAACAGUCUACUCUUUUUCUUUUCUUUUCCAGAACUGAACAUAGUGCUGCCUGUGCCUGUACAAAUGGCAACCCGAGGAAGUGUGAAACCCUUUGUGAACUUCAAUGCAAAGCAUGAUGCAGAAGUUUUACGCAAGGCCAUGAAAGGGAUAGGCACUGAUGAAGAUGUCAUCCUCAUGUUACUGGCAGCUCGCAGUAAUGCCCAGAGACAGGAAAUAAAAGCAGCCUAUAAAAAGGCUUUUGGCAAGGAUCUAGGGAAAGACUUACGGUCAGAGCUGGGAGGGAAGUUAGAGGAUCUCAUCGUGGCCCUCAUGUAUCCAUCCAUAUUAUAUGAUGCACAUGAACUCCAUAAAGCCAUCAAGGGAGUGGGUACAGAGGACGAAGUUUUAAUCGAGAUCCUGGCAUCCAGGACAUGUGAUGAGAUAAAAGAUAUUGCCAAAGCUUAUAAGAAAGAAUAUGGAAGCAAGCUGGAAAAAGACAUCAUGGGUGAUACGUCAGGACAUUACCAGAGGUUGCUGGUGAUCCUUGCACAGGGAAACAGGGAGGAGGGAGUGGAUGAGAGCAGAGUGGAGAAAGAUGCAAAGGAGCUGUUUGCUGCUGGAGAGGAGAAAUUCGGUACGGACGAGGACAAGUUCAUCAACAUACUCGGCAACAGGAGCGCCGAACACCUGAGAAAAGUGUUUGAUGCCUACAAAAAGAUUGCCGGCUGCGACAUUGAAGAGAGCAUAAAAGAUGAGUGCACUGGGAACCUGGAAGCACUGCUGCUGGCUGUGGUUAAGUGUGCAAAAAGUGUGCCUGCUUAUUUUGCCGAAUCCAUUCGAGAGUCUAUGCGGCGUGCUGGCACUGAUGACGAGUCUCUCAUAAGGAUCAUGGUGUCCAGAAGUGAGCGGGAUAUGCUGGACAUCAGAGCGAUAUACAAGAAGAAGUUUGGAGAAUCACUCUACAGCACUAUACAGGAGGACACUGAAGGAGAUUACCAGAAGGCCCUGCACUACCUGUGUGGUGGUAAUGAUUAGAAAAAACAUUUGUGCUAAUUUUUACAUCAGUUUAAGUCCUUAUAUGAUCUUCAGGUUUCUUGUGCUCAUUUUUUCAUUUGUGUUUAUUUUGACAUCUUUUAUGUUUUAUGAUUUGAGAAUAAGUAGUUUCAGUGUUGGAGAAUAGGAGGGUAGUGUAAUGGUUUUGGUGUGAUGUUUGUGUACUGAUUCUUUAACAGAACUUAAUGGUUUCAGAAAGGUUAAUGAAUUGUUUUGGUUGGUGUAUUGUUUCAAAAUUGUGUGAAGACUUGAAAAUAAAAUGUUAUU